UGACCCCACCGCAUCUUAAAGUAAUGGUCAAGUUCCUCAAGCCCGGCAAAGUGGUCAUCGUGACCUCCGGUCGCUACGCCGGCCGCAAAGCUGUGAUCGUGCAGAACACGGACACUAAGAACAAGGAGCGCCCGUACGGCCAUGCACUUCUGGCUGGUAUCAAGAAGUACCCGAAGAAGGUGAUCCGUGGGAUGAGCAAGCGUACCAUCCUGCGCCGCUCGCAGGUGGGCGUGUUUCUGCGUGUUGUGAAUCACAAGCACUUCCUCCCGACGCGGUACAACAUCGACCUUUCACGUGAGCUGCGCGGCAAGAUCAACGUGUCCGACGCGUCGAAGAAGUCGCAAUCGAAGAAGCUCGUGAGGAAGUUGUUCCAGGCGCGCUACAAUGCGGGUUGCAACCGCUGGUUCUUCCAGCGUCUCCGUUUCUAAGAAGCCCUGGAAGCUCUUCAUGGGAUCGCAUCGGGUAUUAAUUUCGGCAUGUCUCUAUGAAAGAUGUUGGGAUCAACGGUCUCUUUUUAAUUAUUAUUUAUAAAUUUUUAUAACAGCAGCACACCAAAUAAUGGAAAAAGUGUUGCCAUGAGCGAA